UCUUUAGUUGCGCCGAACGGCCUCCAUUUUGCGCAGUUCAGCCCAUUUCCGGGUUUCUGAGAAGGGACCGAUAAACGGUGGCAGCGGACAGUAUGGCUCUGCUUGUAGGUCAGUAGUGCGGGUAAAGUGUGCCGUGGCUUCCAGAAACUGUGAAAAGCGGUCCUGUAACGCAUUCUGUAGUUUGUUUUACCCUCGCUGCGCUUCAGCACGUAGAUGUGUCCUAUUUGGGCUGUGACUGUAGGCAGCCGAACCGGGUUGACACUGACAGCUUUGAAGUAAACAGCUCUAUGCUAACAACUAACUGCGGCUAGCCGCGUAGGUAAAGCGACAGUAGCUGGCUAACAUUAGCCCGGCUAACCUGUGACUUUUUUAGUUGGAAUUAAGCUACACUACUGCGACUUGCCAUCACCUUUCAUGAGCUGUUUUUUGUUGUCAUUUUUGUAAAACUGCUUCAACGAAGGACUGCCACAACAACACUUUCCAUUCAUGUUGUUUGGGCAAACCAAAGCUCCUGUUGUUAGAACCCGGGAGUCGGUGUAUGCCAUCAUUCGGAAGACAGUGACACCAUUGAUCUUUAACCCCCAGAGAGAGUUGCCAGUAGAGGAACAGGAUGCCGAUUCCUCCUCCUCCGCCUCCCCCUGGACCCCCACCACCCCCAACCUUUAAUCAGGCCAACACUGCUCCUCCUAAGCUGAGCUCGUCUAACGCAAAAGGCCGUGGAGCCCUGCUGUCAGACAUCUGCAAAGGGGCCAAGUUAAAAAAGGUUGCUGAGGUCAAUGACAGAAGUGCUCCAAUUCUAGACAAACCAGGUGGUGGUGGUGGUGGAGGAAGCAGCAGUGGAGGAGGUUUCGGAAGCAGUGGGCCUGCUGGAUUAGGGGGCCUUUUCCAGGGAGGUGUGCCAAAACUACGUCCAGUUGGAGAUGGUUUAGUUGUUGGUUCAGUUGGCAGAUCUGCCCUUCGGCCCCCAGGGUCCCGGCCCGCAGCUCCUCGUGCCCCUAGCGGUCGCUCCACCUCACCAAGCGCAGCCAACAAGCCCUCUCCAUCAGAGCAUCAGCGGUCCCACCGCCCUUCACUGCCAGACAUCACCCGUCCCCCUAGCAGCAGCAGUUCUUCAACGGGCGGGAUGAAGCACAGCACCUCUGCACCGCCCCCUCCUCCACCCUUUAACAAAGGCCCUCGUGCUAAUGCUCCUCCAACCCCAAACCAGAAAGGUUCAUCUUCCACAUCCUCAUCUUACAGCAGAGAUAAAGUCCUUCCACCUACACCCAGCAGAGGUUCUUCCUCAAACAGCAACAUAAAGUCGAAACAGUCUUCAGGCAAACCACCAAGCAGCAGCAGCUCAUCAAUGCCACCACCUCCUCCGCCAUACAGACCCCAUUUAGGAAGUGGCACCACCAACGGGCCCUCACAUGGAGAAGGGGGAGGUGCACCAGAACUUCCUCAGAGACACAACUCAUUACACAAAAAGCACCAAUCAGGAAGCGGCAGCAGCCAAGGACGCAACCAUGCCCCACCACCGCCUCCAGCUCCAUCCUCUCAGUCGGCCAGCAGACCCCCACCACCUGCCAGAGAACCACCUGGACGCAAAACAGCUCCCCAGUUACCUCCUCCCAGUUCUCGUAAUGGUGGAAGAGACGUUCCACCUCCUCCACCCCCUUACCGUGGGCAGAGUUCUGGGGUCUCAGAACCCCUGGUCCGGGUAAAACCCCCUCCUCCUCCCUCAUCCUCCUCCAUGUCAUCUUCCUCAUCCUCCCGGACUCCAGCUGGACCACCUCCUCCUCCCUCAUCCUCCUCCAUGUCAUCUUCCUCAUCCUCCCGGACUCCAGCUGGACCACCUCCUCCUCCCUCAUCCUCCUCCAUGUCAUCUUCCUCAUCCUCCCGGACUCCAGCUGGACCACCUCCUCCUCCCUCAUCCUCCUCCAUGUCAUCUUCCUCAUCCUCCCGGACCCCAGCUGGACCACCUCCUCCUCCACCACCCAUCCGGAACGGUCACUCUGUGAGCUCCUCUUCCAAAUCCAUCAUGGAUGAUUUUGAGUCAAAGUUCAACUUCCAUCCCAUUGAAGAUCUUCCCCCUCCUGAGGAAUACAGGUCCUUUACCAAGGUUUAUCCCAGCAAAGCUGACAAGGCUGGGAUGAGAGGAGCCCCUCCAGCGCCACCAGUGGGCAGGUGAACCCGUCUCGGCUCAAGACUUGAACUGUGUCAGAGGACAUAAUGAGCCAUCAGGGAGCGGUGGAGAUGCACUCAAAUCUUAAACACACUACACACAAUAUAACGCUAAAGCAGCCAGAAGCACAGUGGUGUAAACAAAGUAAAGGUUUGGCACUGCUGUGGGAUCACUGCCUGUCUUUGCAUGAGAGAACAAACCUGCCUGACUCUGCUUACCUCCACCUCUUCUUUGCUGAUGGGAUGCAAGGCUGAUGUUUGACACUACUUAUCAUGACCAACUCUGAGUAAUUCUGAAUCUCUGCAUUCCAUUUUUUAAUAUGAUGACUAUUAUGAUCUUCUCAUUUCUUAACAUGUUGUUUUCUUUGGGGUUUUUUGUGUCAGCAUUAUAAUGUUUUGGGGGAAAAAAUCAGCUCAAUAGAAGGAAAAUGUCAGAAUGAGUUGCAGUAAAUGUUUCUGCUUCUUACUGAUGGUUAUUGUUUUGAUUAGCUUUGGUAGUUAAUAGCCGUUCCAGCUGUGCCAAGUAAGGGUGCAUCACAGCCAGUUCUGCUCUUCUGUUUUUCUCUGCGUGCCAAAUGCUUUUGGAGUCAUAUUAUUUUACUCUGACAGUUUCUAUGCAUCCUCUGUACAUAGAAUGGAGUUUUACAUUUUUCCUCAAAGGGUUGUCAGGGCGAUGGAUUAAGAGUUGUCUUGCACGCUACUUUUUACAUUUAGUGUGGGAAUGCGUUCUUUUUUUUUUAUUUUCCACUUUUCCUUCUUUCUGAAUCUUCAUUUCUCCAUCUUCAGGCAAUUUUUGCACUUCACCUUAACUGCUAAACCAACACUGUGCAUGAUGCAGAUUAAUGCACUUUACACAUAAGGAUUUCUUAUACAGUAACAUUGGUGUAACAGAAUUCGCUUAGAAUGUUGAAGUGAAUGGAUUUUCACUGUUUAGUCGUGCAAAAAAAGGUGAAUGGAACCCAUUUGAAAGAAUUUAUUGGGAUUUUCCACCAAAGCAGUUCCGAGGCUGAACAAAGGCAGGUGCUAGAGCUAGUUCUUUACCGGCUCUAUAAAAAUCCAGUUCAGAACCAGUUUGAUUUUCCUCAGUCAGAGAACCAGCAUGGAGGUCUGUCAUUACACAACUAUCUACUAUAUUUUGUCAUCUUUCUGAAUAUCUUUAUAGUAUCUGAGGCACUUUAUCUACACAGAUCCCAGCCAUUUAUCUUGUUUUCUUGCAGACAGCUCAGAUUGUGUGCAAUGUUUUAAACAGUUGGUGUUUGUGGAUGCUCUGUAGGAGCCAGCCAUCAUGUCCGACCACCUCUGACAACUGGAUUUCCAGCUGCUGCUUUAAGUGGGAUUUCUAAACACCAGCUGGUAACAUGUAAACAGGCCUGAUGGCGUUUAGAAACUGAGCUGCAUUCAAAAGAGAUGACUGUAAAGCAGCUUUACACAAUGUGUUGACCGGCAUUCACUGACUGCCAAUAUUAAAUCAGACAGCCCCGUGAUGAUGGAUGGCGACCUCAUGGCAUCCAAUGCUAAUUUACCUUCUUACUUAGGUGACGAAGCAAUGUUUUUAUUGUUCUGUUGUGGAUUAAAAAAGAAACCAACUCAAGAAUUUUAAACAAUGCUCUGUUUGGUUGUCCUUCAUGAUCCGGCCCCGUUUCUACCUCCAAAAGGCUGCAUUUUGGCGGCGGAAACACAACUGGUACCAAGUACUGAAACUGAUUUGGUGGAAUGUCUCCUUAGCUGCAAAUUUUACGAGGGCUUUGGUGGAGUUUACAAGGAAUUGUUUGUCUCUUUUAUCAGAAAUCUUUCAGGAAGUAAAACUAAAAGCUAUUCAUUCUUUUUCUUUUCCUGCUGCUGGCCCUUUAAAGGAAGACAGGCCACAGAGACAUUAUAUGGUUUUCUAUGCAAUGAGCAGAUUGUAGUUGUAAAUGGUAGCAGCCAACAGAGUUGAACACUAAGUGCCAGAGAACUGUUUAUAUCAGAUAGUUCUAUAUUUAACUUUUUUAUGAUCUGCUAAACUUCACUUUAAAACACUAAUCUCUCUCAGACUAAAAAUGGAAGAUGGAGGCUGAGGUUAGUUGGUCAUUUCUCAGUGCUGCUCUUUGCCUUACACCAGGCUGACUUCACUCUCUUUGGUACUAGUGCUUUUACUAUUAUUGUCUUUUCAGGUGAUGGCCAGAAACAAAAUAAGAAACAAGUCUAUGUGAAAAUGCAAUAAAUAUUGUAUAUUUACACUAAAGAAUGAUCAUCCUAAUCACUGAUCUAUUUUUGUGAAGUAAGGCGUUUGUUAUAUUGGACAGAAAAUGGUUAAGAGUUCUAACAAUAUUCCAGUGAGUGAGCUCUAGUCUGACUACCUGUAGCAACUCUGUAUGUUUGGUCAUUGGGGUAAAUGAGUUGCUUGGAUCCAUGUGAGAUUUUUACCACCCGCUUUUUUGGGUGUUUGAUUCCUAAAGGUCCAUCAGGCAAAUCAUUUAGUGACUAUGAGUGAUCAGUGCUGGGGACAUCCGCCAUUGUUGGAUCUGCACUUUCUUUACUGGAUGUACACUCACCUUGACACAUGUGAUCUGUCACGAUUUUUCACCUUGUCCACUCUGAAGAGCAGGAACCCUGUGGUGUACAUUUGUUGUUAAUCAUACAUGUCUUUUUUAUCAUCUGAAAUAAGUUCAAUAAAAUACAUUCCUGUUAGGGGAUAAAGGGUAUCUGA